AUGAAGGGAAAUCCACAGAAUAACAUUCAAGAUGUUAAGGAUAAUAUGGGGCAUAUUCAGAAAGAUUCUUCCCCAAUACAGUUCUCCGUUAGAGUUGAGGUGGAGGAGUGCAAUGGGGAAGGUACAAGCCGAAAUGAUUUCUCCAUUCUACGAUCCAUUCCCAAUUCUGUUGCAGGACAGAAAAAUGGAAAAGCUGCCUUAGAAAAUCAUACUGAACAUACAGACAAUAUUCCAUUCCUCUUGGGUAAUAAAACUGAAAAGAACUUCAUAAUACGUAAUAUUUUACGCCAGAAAAAAAGGAGAAGAAACUUCUUUACAAUGGUCAACCAGUACAUUGUGACAACUGAAACUAUUAUACAAGCAGCAGACUUGCAAUCUAAAGAGAAUAAGAAAGACUUUGAGAAAUAUAUUGAUGCAGCUGUGAGGAAUUUACUUGGUCAAUUUAAUAAAGUAAGUUUGACUUAUUAUGAUCAUGAAGUGAACAAAGUUAUGAGGACUUGGAUGGAUUGGUAUGUCAUAUGCCCAAGGUUCAGGAGCAUACCUUUAUUGUAUAAAUGUUAUGUAUGCUACAGAGGCUGGUGGAGAUUACAUCCAUUCAAGGAGCACUUGAAGGAACAUAAUGACUCCAGUAUUAAACUUAAAACGGAACCAUACGAGCAUGAAUUCUUUGUGGUGGCGUGCAACAAAAAAACUCAUAAGGCGCUUAAAGUGCACCUGGACUCAAGCUGUUGGAGAUGUGGUAGAGAUGGCAAAGUACACCAAACUACCAAUAAGAUAUUGAAGUACGAAUGCGAGGGCUGCAAACAGCAAAUGGUGACGUGCACCAAGCUUAAAGAGCACGAAAGCAUAUGCAAGGAGUAUCUCAAAAUAAACUAUUUAAAGUACAAAGUUAACGCCAGCGAAAAUACGACGUGCCAACUUUGCUGCGUGCACUAUGCGACUAAAACGCUACUGGACACCCAUAUGGUAGAUUGUCAUUCCGUCCGUACAGACGAGCCGGCUGUGACGUCGACAAAGGUGUGCAAACUCUGCAACCACAGGUACCACCACCAUAAAUUCCACGAUUGCCCCGAGAAGCACAAGGGUUUCAAGUGCGACUUCUGCUGCAGAAAAUUCGCAUCGCUAAUAUUUCUGCAUAUGCAUCUGCAGUUUACCAAAGGCAAAAUUCAGUGCACUGUCUGCAGGGCACGGAUGGUGAAAUGCCAGGCCGCCGAGCAUUAUUUGCAGCAUACAAAUAAUUAUGUCCCUGCAUAUUGGUGCGGUAGUUGCGAUAACAACUUACUGUUCACAGACGAAACUAUCUUUCGCGAUCAUAUGAACCAUUUUAACACAACAGUAGCGAAAAGAAGGUGGGGGAUUAAGUUGCUGCUGCCAAGAAAGUGCGUAACCGGUGAGGUAGUGAAAUCUGCCAAAGUGUUUGAAUUACCUGACAAGAAGCUCCACAACUUUUUGUGGGGAAUAGAGGACGCUGAGUAUGAUUUGACUGGUGAGUCCGUCACAAAUCAGAACAUUGUUGAUGAUGCCGAAAAAAACGUCAUCGUCCUUGACGACGAUGACAAAAAUGACGUUCAACGUUCAAAUGCAACGCGAGAAUCCAUAAAGAUUGAAAAUCAGGAUCCCGACAUCUGGGCAAUGCAAGCGCAGCUAGAUGCCGAGAUAAUGAGAGACAUAGAGAUGGAGGCGGAGAUUUCAAAAGUUUUCACGGCCUCGAAAAGCUAUCUCAAGUUCAUGGAGAAGGAGUCAAUGAUCGCAGAGUCCCAAAGGACAGAGUCAAUGGAGGAGGAGGAAGAUCUGUAUUCAAACGACCUCAUCAUCAUCGACAAUCAAGAGGAAGACGUUACAGUAAUAACGGACUCUGAAUGUGAAGAAACGAUUGAAGAUAAUGCAACCGAAUAUCGAAAUGCGAAAUCAACAGUGAUUGUUAGUGAUUCAGUCGACAGUUGCACACAAGAAGUGCUAGAUAUAAGCGACGCUGACGACAAUGGGGAACAUUUAGAUAUUGAUAUGAAGGAAGAAAUAGAUUUAGAGCCCGAAGAAGAGGAGAAUAGUGUGAGGCGUUCCAGCGAGUUCGAAGAGGACUCGGAUUGGAAUGUAGAUACUCUCGUUAAGGAGGAAACGGAAGAUAACGUCGGCGCAGCAGUCGAGACGAAACCGGACCUCUCGCUCUCGCAUAGCGACGAGGCGGCCGUAAAACACGAGGGUAUGGCGCAAGAGGAUUUCGCGGGGAUGUUGAACGCUAUCGCCGACGUGAAGAGGGAAAUCGACUCGGAGGGCUGCGAGAGGGAGGAGAAACUGGCGUGGAGGCCCCCCACGGCGGCUUCCGACAGCCGUGUGUACGAGUGCAAGGGGUGCUUCUUCAUCGGCGAGCUGAGACACUACGUCGUCCACGUCGUCAGCACCUGCAAGGGAACCGUCUUCGGGUGCGGCGGCUGCGAGGAGAGGUUCCCGGACGCGAGGCGCUACCUGGACCACAUGGUCGACCACGGCUACGAGCACCUCCAGUGUCCGGAGUGCAAGACUGUGCAGAGGUUCGCCUCGACACUGUACUCCCACGUCACGUCGCACAUCCGCGGCAUGUUCCUGCGGUUCAGGUCAAUACACGGCACGAGGAAGUCGCCGCAGGACAGCCUGCUCUACCGCUGCAGGAAGUGCAAGGAGAUGGUGGAGAUCGAGCAGUUCUUCGGCCACUGGGAGAGGCAUUUGCACGACCGGCCCGGAGACGGCCCGAAGACCGAAGAGUGCGCAUCGGAAGAAGACGGCGACACCGACAACUCUCACAUCGCGGCCAUAACCCCCGAACAAGUUAAGCAACUGACAGAUCUACUCCUGAUCAAUGAGAAGAAGGUGCUGGACUGCAUUGUGUGCCCCAAGAAGUUCUCCAGGACAAGCGAUUGCAAGAGGCACCUCAUCGAGCAUCUGCUCAUCCAGGCGUUCCUGAACAAGCCGAAGACUGAUUACGAGCUGCGCUGCAGCUUCUGCCCACUGCAGUUCGCAACAGAUCAGGAGUGGAAGGAGCACAUGAGGGAGCACGCUUCCCUGCCCGCAUACAAGUGCGACCUCUGCUCGAAGUCUUUCAGCGACUCGAGCAAUUACUCGAAGCACAGGAAGGUCCACAACCUGUUCUCGUUCAUAUGCGACCACUGCGGCGGCAAGUAUCGCGCGAAACGCAGCCUCAUUGAGCACCUGAAGCUGCACGAGAAAGAACCGCUGCUGUGCAAGGUCUGCGGCAUGCCGUUCGUAACCCAGUCGAGGCUGAGGAAGCACCAACGGUCCAGGCACAAGGUCGCACCGCACUCCUACCCCUGCAUGAUAUGCAGGAGGAGGUUUCGCAGCGUGAAGCAGAAGUGGGAGCACAUGUGGCUGAAGCACCAGAAGCGGCAGUACAAGGCGGACUGCCCCAUAUGCAAUAAGGCGUUCAGGAGACGCCAGGACGUGAAGAGUCAUCUGAAGGUCGUGCACAAAGUUAAAUACAGGGGCAGCUUUGAGCAUGAG